GAGGAGGCAGUGGGAGCCCGGUGGGCUCUGAGCCUGGGCCGUGGCAGGGAAGGGGCUGCAGCUUCCUGAGAGCUGACCCACUGGCAGCCCCCUCCCUGCCAUGGAGAGCCCCCCAGGACCACCCAGGAAGGGAGGCCGUGCCCCUGUGGUUGGACUCAAAGCUUCACCAAACCCCACCUGGAGCAGUGCUGUGGGCAGCCCCCUGCCUGGACCCCCAGGAGCCCAGGGAUGGGCCUCCACACCCUGUGGACCUCUGCAGCCCCCUGCCUGACCCCCAGGAGCCCAGGACUGGCCCCUGCACCCCACGGAUGUCUGUAGCCUCCUGCUCAGACCUGUGGGAGUCAAGGACUGGGCCACUGCACCCCAUGGACACCUGCAGCUCCCUGCCCGGCCCCACACCUGGCAGGGUUCUUCAGCUCCCCCACCAGCAGCUCCGUGGGUCAUGCUGGCUCCCUUUGGGCCCCACAGCCUCCAGCCCACCUGGAGCAGGGCAGGGCGUGGACCUCCCAUUCCUGGUGCUGGAAGCCCCCCACCCUGACAGCAGGGUCUGCACCACCUGCACCACUUGCCUUAUCCCGGUCGGAGUUUGCCACCUCCGGCUUCUCUCUGUGCUUUCCGGGCUGGACGAAGGACGUGGCCACCCCGGCCCCACCCCGUGGUGGGACAGACUGAUGGUCUGGGCCCCUGCCCCCCCACGCAGUGGUCUGUCAGCUCCCUGUGCCUGGACACGCCCUUGCAGCCCCCGCCAUGGACUCGGGUGCCCCCCAUGCUGAUGGAUUGCACCAGUCCCUGAGUCCCCCCGGGACUGCCGUCACCUCCCCCAGACUGAGCCUUGGUGUGACCCACAGGACACUCGUGGGGCGCAGAGGGGCUGAAUCCCCCUUCUUCUGGCAAAUCUCUGCACCCCCUCCCCGGUGACCCCCUCAGUGGGGGCUCCCCCCGCCAGGACCAUCCGGCUCAACUCCAGCCUCUGAUGAUGAUGAUGGAGGCAAUGAAGGGGGUGGAGGGGAUGACAGCGGUGACCUUGACCCUGAACUCGACCUUGUCCCCCACCCCACCGCUCUCCACGAUGCUGCAGCCCCUCACCCCACUUUUGGGGGACAGGCUUCUGCCGGCUCCCCCUCUCCGUUGCUACCGGGAGGAGCCGGGCACCCGGUACCGGCGGGAUUGGCUGCGGUUCCGUGACGCGGAGGGGUGGAACCGCAUUACCACCGGGAUGAGCGCGGCCGAGGGCCGGCCCCGGUGCCGGUGGGGCGGCGGCGAGGCGGUGCUCCGUGCCCGUGCCGAGGCCGCCGGUUACCGGAGGCUGCUGCGAGCCCGAGCCGCCGAGGUGGAGGCGUUGCGGGGGGCGGUGGGCGCGUUACACCGGCAGCUGGAGGGGCUGCGGGACCGGCGGAGCGGGGAGCUGGCCAAGUACCAGGAGCGGGUGGCGGAGCUGGAGCGGGAGAUCGGGGCGGCGGAGGCGGAGAUGGCCCGGUGCCUGCGGGAGUACCCGGCGCUGCUGCGGCUGCGGAUGGCGCUGGAGGCGGAGAUCGCCGCGUACCGGGAGAUGCUGGAGAGCGAGGAGCUGCGCCUGGGCGGCCUGGCCCCGCCGUGACCGGACCCCCGGAGCCCCGGUCCUGCCGUUACCACUGGACCCCCGGGACCGGAUCCUCAGCCCCACUACCGGACCCCGGUUCCUCUGCCGGACCCCAAACCCCCCACGGUUCCUUGGGACCCUCUGGACCUCUCUGGACCCACGGAGCCCCGGUCCUUCUGCCCCCACCCCGUUCCACGGGUCCCCCGGACUUCUGCGUGCCCCCCGCCUGCCCCGGGACCCCCGGGAGGGCAUCGCCCGUGGGGACACACAGUCACCAGCCUCUCCGGGGUGGGGGUCCCGGCCCAGACCCGUGUGGAAGCACCUCAAUAAAGCCCCGUGGCAUCACCCGG